AUGGGUAGGAACGUGGCCAAAUCUUCGAGGGGAAGAUCUCUGACCCCAAGGGGGAAGAGAUCAACCGGGGGGGUUAAUGAGGACGUGGGUGAGAAGACGAUCAGCCGGUCGGAGUCGCUGUACUUCUCGGACGGCGACUCGGACGGGUCAAUCGAUCUUCCGGAGAUCAAGAUGGGCGGGGAGAAGCGGGGUCAAGCCCCAAAAAGGAAAGCUUCGGAGGAUGUUGAGGAGGCCGAAAGGGCUUCCAACAAGCUUUCCUCCGUCACGAGGGGCCGGGCUGCUCGUCGGGGCUCGUAUUCUGGGACGGCCGAGGCGAGGGAAAGGCUCCGCGAUCUCUCGGCGGACUAUGCCCAGUUCGAGCGGGAGUUAGAGAGGGCUGGUACUAGCAGCUACUUGAAGGGUACGGAGCAGACCAGUAAGAGGUGCUUGGUGGAUGAGCACCUCGAGGUCGUGAGGGCUGCUGCCCAGAGAGUUUUGGCGGAGGCCGGAAAAUCCGGCAAUUUGAAAGGGACUGCAUGGCGGGCCAUGAAUGAGGCCUGCCAUGAUAUUAUUGUGGCGGCUGGGAAAAUUGAGGCCCAGUGUGAGGAGUCGGAAGCUGUCCGCAUACUCAGAGCGGACAACAAGAGAAUGCGGGAGCAGCUUUCGCUCCUACAACAAGAGACAAAGGCCCUCCGCACAGCCUUUGCCGAACGGGUGACUCCGGCGCCGACAGAGGCCCAAACAGCGGCAAAUGCCCCCUCUCUUGAGGACAUCAGGGGACUCCUCUCCGAAUGGAAGGAGUCCUUUGAGAGGAACAUGUUCCUCAAGUUGGGGGGAAUGGUAAACGACCGCCUCAAAGAGGCGGAGAAAAGGGGCAUCCUGGCCCCGGAGCCCAUCGUUCGGCCGCCACUCGCAGCUGACGCGAAGAGGAAGGAGGCCGAAACACUGGCCUCAAAAACAGGGCGAAAUUAUGCUGGUGCUGUAGCGGGGGCCACCCUCAUGCCCCCAGCUCGACCUGGGCCUGCACCCAAAGCUGUCGCAGGCAAAAAGCAGCCCAAACAAGGGACCGUACAGGCCCAGGUACCCAUCGAAACACCUGCCGAAGUGCCUCCGCCCCAUGAAGGCGAACAGGGGUGGGCCGAGGUGGUUAGGAGGGGGAAAAAGAAGGGGAACAAACCCUCCCCUUCUGCCCAGCAGGAGCCUACCCCUGUGAAGGCCCCCAAGGCGAGCGCACAGCUGCCCAAAAAAGUGAAAUUCACCGCACCCAAGACUUCGGCGGUAGUGGUGACCCUCAAGCCGGAAUCCAAACUGGAUUACCGCACGGUAAUAUCGAGGGCCACCACUAUCGACCUUUCGUCGAUUGGGGUGGAUCACGUGUCGGCUGUGCGUGGAACGGCAACGGGGGCCCGCAUCAUCGAGAUACCCGGGGCUGACAGUGGGGCUGCGGCGGACAGCCUCGCAGAGAAGCUCCGGGAGGUCAUAGGGACUGAGGCGGAGGUCACAAGGCCCUUCAAGGCGGCGCAAAUAAGGGUCUCUGGACUCGAUGAGGGAGUGACGCCAGAGGCCCUAAAAGAGGCCACAGCGAGGGCGGGAAAAUGUCCACCGGGACAGGUCAGGGUGGGAAACAUCCGCAUAGCGCUGGAUAUGACGGCGGCGGUAAUCAUCACCUGCCCUGUGGCGGCUGCCAACGCCCUAAUAGACGAGGGGCGCCUUCUUGUCGGUUGGACAGCUGCCAAGGUCAGGGGGCUGGAGGCCCUGCCCAUGCGGUGCUACCGGUGCAUGGGCAUAGGCCACACCAGAGCCCUCUGUCCGUCCCCGGUGGACAGAUCGGAGUUAUGCCAUCGCUGUGGCAAAUCUGGGCAUACUUCUUCAGAGUGCGGGGCCAGUGAACCCUGGUGUGCGGUGUGUUAUGCGCACAAGUUGGCCGCCAAACACACAAUGGGCGGCCCAUCGUGCAAUCCCCCGCGCACGCGGGGCAAACUGGCCCCUCCUAAGAGGGGAGCCUCCGAGGGCACCACGAUGGAGCACUAA